GGGACGGGAGACGGUCCCCCUCCCUCGCGUGUCUCCGGCCUCGUCUCCGCGUUUUCCUUCGCGCACAGAUAUCGCUGUUGAGAUUCAGAGCACACUUCCCGAAGGGAACAAACGCUCAGUGGUGCAGACAGUAUUAUGAUGAACGGCUCUUUCCCCUGAAAUCGGAGAGGCUUUAUUGCGAGUUGGGCAAAGCCCCCGUGGGAAGCAUUCAUUUCUCUCCAGGAAAAUAUCGUUCUGUCGAGAGUUCGGUGUCGCCGUCAGCGCUCGGAGCAUCUCCGCCGAGCCCCGGCAAGGCAGGGAGUGCGGCACGGAUGCAAAAUUAAAACGAUCUGUCACUAAACUCACACCUGUUUAAUAACAGGUUGCCACAUCAGGCCAAGGAGCGUUUGCUAGAGGCGGUGGUGCGCUGCAGGCAUGUUUCCGCACGUGUGUUUCCCUGCUUCUUUGCCUGGGCCCAUGCUCCAUUUGGGGCUGGCUCCAUGGGGCUGGGCUGGGUGGGAAGCACCUCUCCACUCCGGAGGGGUGUGUGUUCAAGCAUGGUGGCAGUUUGCAAGCAGGCAUAGGACGGCUGGUCCGCGGAUUCGGGACGCCCCUCUCCAGUUCCCAGCGGCACCCCCAAACUCUGGUGGGACAGAGCAGCUGCCACACCCUUCUGCGAUGCCACCCCCAGAGCAGGGGGCUGCAAAGAUCAGUGCACCCAGGGUGCGAGGUGCUGCAGCCCUGCAGGGACUGGGCAGGGCUUUGCUAAAACAGGCAUCCCUGCCCAAAGCUGUGUGUGCAGAAGAGACGGGCACCGCAGCCCCCUGCCCAGGUGAGAGUGAUGCCUGGGGCAGCUCUGCAGGGAGCUGUCACCAGCCCCUCCUGCGCUGCAGCCCGGCCCCGAUCCCGAUCCGGGUCCCUUUAAGAGCGGGGCUGGGUGGUUCCGUGCGCCCGGCUGCGGGGUGAUGCCACCGGCUCCGGCUGCUCCGCGCGUGCUCCCUGCCGCCAGCCUGGCCCGGCUGCACCUGCCAGGGGCUCCCCCAGUGCCAGCCCAGCUGUUCCCUCCAUGGGGAGCGCUGGCCCAACGGUCUCUGUGCCAGGCGUCUGCUCUCGAAACCUGCCCUGACAUUGCCAGCACCAGACCAGGUAGGAGCUGCCCAGCGAUGUCCUUCAAGCGCAACCAGAAGCUGCACCUGCUGCGCCUCGCCGUGCUGCUCGUGGUGGCCCUGGCCGGCAUCAGGUUCCUCUUCCGAGACAGUUUCACCCUGGAGCUGCACAAGCACAUCAGCAAGGACAGCGACUUCUGGGGCAACGGCGGGGAUGUCCUCCCGGAGCCCGACCCCCGCAGCCAGCCCCUCGACCCGGAGGCCGCCCAGGCUGCCGGGCCCAAGCAAGAAGCCAGGAAGCAGCUCUCCAAGGACUUCAGCGCCACCGAGAUGAGGCUGGUGCACCUGGACCUGAAGGGCGCUGCCCCCAAGGUGUCCUACCUGGAGCAGUUGUUCCCGCUGCUGUCCAGGCUGGGUGCCAAUGGGGUCCUGAUCGAGUACGAGGACAUGUUCCCCUUCAAGGGUGAGCUCGGUGUGCUCCGGGCUCCCUACACCUACAGCGAGGACGACCUGGAGCGGAUCCAGCAGCUGGCACAGCUCAAUCAGCUGGAGGUGGUUCCCCUGGUGCAGACCUUCGGGCACGUGGAGUUCAUCCUGAAGCACGACCAGUACCGGCACCUGCGGGAGGUGGAGCGCUUCCCCAACAGCUUCAACCCCCACGUCCCAGACACGCUGGUUCUGCUCAAGAGCAUCCUGGCCCAGGUGAUGGACAAGCACCGCCGUGCCAGCUGGAUCCACAUUGGCGCCGACGAGGUCUUCCACCUGGGCGAGGGCACGGACUCCAAGAACUGGCUGAACCGCAACCAGGGCGACGUGGGGAGGAUGUACCUCAACCACAUCAAGGAGGUCGUGAGCUUCCUCGUGAGCCAGUACCGGGGGCUCCGGGUCCUGCUGUGGGACGACAUGCUGCGGAAGAUCAACGUGGCCACCCUCCAAGAAUCGGGCAUUGCAAAGUAUGCGGCGCCCAUGGUGUGGUACUACGCGCCCGACUUCGAAGCCGAGCAGAUCGGAAGCUUCAUCUCCAAGUAUGCGGACAGUGGCUUCCAGACCGUGUGGUUCGCCAGCGCCUUCAAGGGCACCACGGGACCAGCCCAGCAGUGGACACCUCUGAGCAACCACCUGAACAACCACCUGAGUUGGCUCAAGGUGAUCCAAGCCAUGCCCAAAUUCCCAGCCAUCAAGUUCCAGGGCAUCGCCCUCACGGGGUGGCAGAGGUAUGACCACUACUCUGUGCUGUGUGAGCUGCUGCCCGUGGGCAUCCCGUCCCUGGCCGUGUGCCUGCAGACCCUGGUGAACGGUGGGUUCACGGACGCCACCAAGAAGAAAGUCCUGGAUGUCCUGGGCUUCCAGAAUAUCCACCUGGAGAAGAGCACGUGUGAUGGAGGUGGAGGGUUCCCUGGCUCCGAGAUCUACCGCAUAGUGGAGCAGAUCAAUGGCCACCUCAGGGACAGCGUCGUCAAGAUCUUGGAGGAGGAGAGCGCUAUCAAGGGAUGGUUCAGCCAUUACCACAGGAAGCACCAGUUCGGCAACCCCCGCAACAUGGAGAGCUUCGGCAGCAAGGUGUUGAAGGUGCAGGAGGACUGGGAGAACCUGGUGCAGACCCUCCGCGCCCACCUGGAGAGCAUCUUCUUCCCUGACUUGGUGGAGGAGUGGAUGGAAGAGAACAUCAACCCCUACCUGGACCGCCUGCGGCGCUUUGUCAAGGACUACCAUGAGGUCAUCCGCCUCAACGCCCGGCCCAAAGUCUUGUAGGGGCCAGAGCCAGGGGCCUGCUUGGCUGCUCCUGGCGCUGUGGUGGCUCCAGCCAGGGUGCAUCUCCCUGCCCUGGGCUGCCUGGUGCCCCCUGGCCUAGACCCCCGCACCGCCCCUCUUCCCAUCGCUGCCAUGGAGCAGAGCGGCCAAGACUCCCCGCUACCGUCCAUGGCUGUGGCCGCAGCAGCGGUGCCCAGGGUGGGGGACACCUUUGCUGGCCUGCGGACUGUUGCUGCCGUCUGGAAGCUGCCAGAGGCCACCUUCCCCAGCCAGGCUCCUGCACCAAAGGCUCCUGCCCUGGUGCUGGUACAAGCCGCUCCGUAGGUGCACGGGGGGAGCAGCCAGCUGUGGCACUUCUUGUAGUUGCAAAUGACACGUAGGACCCGGGCAGGUCUGUGCCCUUUCCGUGCCCCAAACCCAAAGCUGUAGUUUUUUUCCCCUCUGCCUUUCCCUGAAGCCACUGAGCAUCAGGGGUUUGGGAGCCUGCUCCCACCCCCCUAGACAGGUGCACGAGCACCCCCUGCUGGUCCCACAGCAGCACUGCACCCUUGUUCCCUGGCAUCACCGAGGCUGGUGCAUUGACCCAGCACAACCUCCUAGGCCCCGGGGCAGUGCAGGGGCCAGGGCUCGACACGCGUGUUGGUUCGUGCAUGGCUCUGGGCAGGGCUCAUCCCGGCCCCUGCAUCAGAGUUUGGAGUCGGGUGGUUUUCCGAGUGCGGCUUCUGCAAUAAAGUAUUUUCUUACAAAAGAC